UUUAUUUUCAGUUUAAGUGAUGGCAUUACGCAUUUGUAUAUAGGAUGCUUAUAGGCCUGCUUAAAGCUAGAGAAGUUGCUUUAACUUUUUGGAUUCUGAACUUCCAAUAGCUGUUUUCUUUUCCAAUGUAAUGGAAAAGGAAGAACAACCCAAGUUUGCUUCUACCCCCAAUCUUGAACACCAAGCCAAUGGAGUUUUUUCAGGCAAGAAUGAGAAAAGCGUGUCUGAUGGGACAGAUGCAGCAAAAAACGCCAAAUCUGGAUGCCAAUUUUUAGAGAAUGCGCCUCUCCAAAAUCAGCAGUGCACUGCUUUUCUUCAAAGGGCACUCAAUCCACAACAUGCAGGGGAAAAGUCUCCGUCAACUGCCCCUGCCGCUGUGAAUGAGCGGCUUCAGCUGCCGCAAAACCUGGCUAAUCUUCAGCACCAGCUCAGCCCGCCGCCGCAGCCGCAGCAAUUUGUCAUUUCUUCACAACCCUUUUGGGUACAGCCGCAGCCGAGCAUUUCCUUUGGAGCGACUGAAGGUAGCUGGCAAGCUCCGGUGGCGUUUGGCGCCGGAGCUUCGCCGAGAUGUCAACCCCAAGCUCCCAAUUUCUAUUAUCCUGUUGGUUAUCCGACAUAUUCAGGCUUUCCUGGUCCCAGGGAUGCCUCAAUUUGGUGGGGUCAAACACAACCAUUACUGUUUCCUGGAUUGUCCAAUUAUCCAAGAGCAUCAUGUGGUUUUGCCUCUUCUCAAUCUUGGCCAAUGCCAAUUCCUAGUUGUGUAACAUCUUCCUCUGGACAACCCCUUUUAAGAGGAGUCAUCAAACCCCCUGAAAAGCUUUCUCAGAAGCAUCAAAGACUUUGGGAAGCUCAGUCUGCAGAAAAUGUACAGUUGUGGAGUUUGAUAGGAGAGUUGCAAGGGGAAUUAGCAGACUACAAGGGCCGCUUGAGUAAGCUUGAAGUUGAAAUUUCAUCUUUAAGAUCAGCAGCUACAGAUGAACCUGCUGUGGAAGUUGGAAAUGAUGGCAUUACAGUGAGGGGACAGCCAGCAAAGCGAGGCAGGUCGAAACGAGCAAUAGCCCCAGUUGGUUCACAACCUCCAUUGCAACCCCGGACACGAGGACGAAAGCCAGCAUUUGCAAGGACAAAAGUAGAAGAAGCAAAACCAACUUUUCUUGGAAAAGAUAGCUUGAAUAAGGUGAAUGAUAAACAUAAAGAUUUUACUUCCCUUGACAUUACAGAGCAAGACAAGAAUGAAGGCAUUUCAGCUACCAUCAAUCAAAACAAUGGGAGCAUGGAGAUUAAUGAGGGCACUCUCAAGAUGCCUGCCCCUUUAGACAAUCAAGUUCUUCAGCAGUGCCCUGAAAUUCAAUCAUGUGGGAUUGAAUUCAAGCCAUCAUCAUUAUUGAAAUCCAAUUAUGAAGAAAAUUUCAUAUGGUCUUUAGGAAUCAUCUCUGAAGACUCUGAACAAAACAACUUUAGUAUAGCCUCCCCAACAAUCUACACUAAUGGAAAUGUUAGCAGACAAGGAAUAGCUAGGUGGAACUUUAAACACGAGGACGAAGCAGCUGAAUUGGGAUUCCCUGCAGUAGAACACAAAAAGGAGGAUGAAGAAAUGGUUGAUGAAUUCAGCUCAGGACCUGAAGAGAUUGAAACAAAAAAUGGCUCCUCCUGGUGUUGAAACUACUGCCACUUGAUGGAGAUGGUUUGGUCAAAAUUUUGUACAAGGGAAGAACGGAUUCAGCUUGCUUAACAUG